AUGCCGAAGCUGCAGCGGUACAGGGGCGUCAGGCAGAGGCACUGGGGCUCCUGGGUCUCCGAGAUCCGCCACCCGCUCAUGAAGACGAGGAUCUGGCUGGGCACGUACGAGACGGCGGAGGACGCGGCGCGGGCGUACGACGAGGCGGCGAGGCUCAUGAGCGGGCCCGCGGCGCGCACCAACUUCCCCUCCUCCACCAACGGUGUCGCUCCCGCCGGCGCCGGCGGCCUCUCCGCGACCCUGCGCGCCAAGCUGGAGAAAUGCUGCAUGGCGACGGCGCCGCCGGUGCAAAACGUCGAGGCGACCAAGGCGGCGAGGACCGGGGGCGGCGCCGCCCGCCGAAACAGGGUCGAGGACGUCGUCAAGCGCGUGGACGAGGAGGAGGAGUGCAUCGAGGAGAUGAUCAGGGAGCUCACCCACUACGGCUCCGUGGAGAUCGUCGCCCCCUCCGCCUGCUCCAGCUCCGUCGUCUAG